AUGACGGGCAAGCAAGCAAAGACCAUCGACGGCGCACCCGCUCGCCCGGCCGGAGGCGCAGAGAUGUAUUUAGCCGCCUGUCGAGGCCGCUGGCGAUUGCGGCCGCUGAUUAUAAGUCUGAUUAGGAAGUUUACAAUGCUAUUUGAAUAUGACUCUCACAGUUAUGAUACUUCAAAAGAGAGUUUUCUGAAAAACUUUCUCUUCGUAGAUAUAUACCAAUUCAUGACGAUUUUCCAGGAAUUCGACUGUGGAUACAGUUAUGGGGAAAUGAGACUUAUCAUUCAUAAGCAGUUAUGUAUAAAUGAUCAUCCAGAUAUAGCCAUUUAUUUCUACUUUAUAUUAGUAUAUGUGAAAGAAUGUUGUUUAUGUGCUUCGAUUACAGCUGCCACUACCUUUGAAUUUCUGAAUCAGUUCCACAGAGUUACCAUGAAGGCUGUCUGUGUGAGCGCGCCGAACCUCGCCUUCAGCAGCCGCAACAAAAUGAAUCACUUGGACCACUCUCCUUCUCGUAAAAUCAUCAGGAAGACGAGCUUAUCGCGCUGGAAGUUCUGCGUGCACGCGGACAAGCGCAAGAUGUUGCAAGAACUGACCAGCUCGCUGCACGCGCGGCCCAACAAGGCGCAUGUGUUGUGGGAGCUUGCACAUUGCAUCUCGUCAGCUGUCAACGCUGACGGGUUCAACCUGUACCUGGUGGAUCACGUGACCUCGACGCUGCAGCAUUACGUCGAAACCAAAGACGGGUCAGUCACGCUCCCGCGCUUGGCUCUGCGCGCGGGCAUAAGGAUGAUGAUGACCCACCCCCCUCGUCUCACGCCUCCCUCUGCCCUCAGGUCGAUCUUCCAGGACAUGGUGAGCAUGGACACACUCAUCAUGAAGGUGAUGAACUUCGCGCAGAAGCUCGUCAACGCCGACCGCGCCUCCCUCUUCCUCGUCGACGCCAAGAACCGGCAGCUCUACGCCAGGAUCUUCGACAUGGGCAGCGAGUUCGAUGAGGACAACCCGCCCCAGGCCUCCAAGGAGAUCAGAUUCGCCAUCGGCAAGGGCAUCGCGGGCAUCGUGGCGCAGACGGGGCAGGUCCUGAACAUCCCCGACGCGUACGCCGACCCCCGCUUCAACCGCACCGUCGAUCAGCUGACCGGUUAGUACCAAAGGUCGCCUGGCAUGUUUAAAACCGGGGAACGUUGGGGCAGCGAGGCAAGAUGGGGGAUCUUCAGAAGGGAAGAAAAAAAAGGUGAAUCCAAAAAUGAACGAAUACAUGACACAGAUAAACGGACAGACAAACUAAUUCUUAAAAUCCGAAGUACAUGGCGCUGCGCAUUUCCCCCACAGGAGGAUGAGGAGAGCUUUGAGAUGUUCGCUGUCUACUGCGGCCUCGCUCUCCACCACGCCAAGCUCUACGACAAGAUAAGGCGCUCCGAACAGAAGUAUAAGGUAGCGUUAGAGGUGCUCAGUUACCACAACUCAUGUAAUGAUGAAGAAUUUGACCUUAUACAAGCACAAAGUCUUAAUGAAGCACCUCCGGGGGUGGAUGACUAUUACUUCUGCCCGCUGAACCUCGAGGACAUGGAGAAAGUCCGCCACGCCAUCUACAUGUUCGUGGACUUGUUCGGCCUCACGCGCUUCGAGAAGGACUGCCUCAUCCGGUUUACGCUGACGGUGAAGAAGAACUACAGGAGGGUUCCGUAUCAUAACUGGACGCAUGGGUUCAGCGUGGCUAAUUCCAUGUACACCAUUAUCAAACACUCGCCCAAGACUUUUCGACCGCUGGAGUGCCUGGCGCUGUUCAUCGGGUCCCUGUGCCACGACCUGGACCACCGAGGGAAAAACAACAAGUUCAUGCUGGAGACGGAGAGUCCCCUGGCGGCCAUCUACACCACGUCGACGCUGGAGCACCACCAUUUCAACCAGACGGUCACCAUUCUGCAGCAGGAAGGACACAACAUCUUCGGGAAGUUGACGUCGAACGAGUACAAGCAGGUGCUGGGCAACAUCAAGCAUUGCAUCCUGGCCACCGACUUGGCCAUGUUUUUCCCCAACAAGGCUAAGUUGGCCAAGCUGGUGGAAGAAAAUCAGUUCGAUUGGGAGAAUCCGGAGCACAGGCUGCUGAUCGAGGCCAUCGCCAUGACAGCCUGUGACCUGUGCGCGUCCGCCAAGCCGUGGGACGUUCAGGUCGAGACGGUCAAGGUCAUCUUCGAGGAAUUCUACGAGCAGGGCGACGCCGAGAAGGCCGUGGGCAAGAGUCCCAUCCCGAUGAUGGACAGAACCAAGACGGACGAGCAGGCAUCCUCGCAGGUGGGCUUCCUGUCGGGGAUCUGCAUCCCGUGCUACGAGCUGCUGCACAAGCUGAUCCCGAACACCGAGCCCCUCCUGGCGGGCUGCAAGAGCAACCUGGAGACGUGGAAGAGCAUCGCGAACGAGAAGAAGGCAAAGGCCAGAGAAGAGGAGGAGGAGGAAGGGGAGGAGACGGACACGGGGAUCGAGGAAGUGAAUGGCGACGAGGACGAGGAGGGAGAGGAGACGGUGGAGGAGAUCGACGAUGACUGCAUCGAUAGUAGAGAUAACGAAGAUAAUAAAUAGGGGACGAAGAGGGAGACGGAGAGACGGGGAGAUGCCUCAGCCACUUCCGGCGAUGGACGUGCACAGGAAGGGGAGGGAAAGGCAUUGCAUUGCACAGUGCUCUCGUUCCUACCCCUUUUAUUACAUGUCUGUGUCUAAGAUACGUUGAUACGAAGAGAAGAUAAUGAGUUAUCUUUCUUUUGAAGUGAAAAUUAUUAAUAAUGUUGAUAGUUAUUAAUUGUUAAGAUUCUUCGAUUUCUCUUUCAUUUAGGUAAUAGCAAUCAUGCUUGUUUGUGGAAAUGUGUUCACAGAUCACGAAAUAGAAGUUGACGAAAGCCAAGGCACUCGCAUAAAAACAGGAGCAUCACACGGACGAGAAGAAAUGGUACUUAAAUGCCUCUGAACUGUGAUAUAUUAUCACAUCUUAUUGUUGUACUUUUCACCAUGAAAUCAAAACCAGUUCUGAAUCUCUUCGACCAAAGAGAGACAAAGACGCGGGAGCGAAAGAACACGUGAACCGUUCGUUCCUGAAGCUUGUUUUCUCUCUCUCUUUUAUUACAAAUUAUGUUGGCUGGUUUGUUUUAAUCUAUUUCUGGUACCAAGCAACAAUAAUUAUACCUA